UAAAUUUAAAGAAACGAUUUAAAUGAGAGAGAAAGGGAGUACAAAAACUACAAAUAUCAACUUUUUUUUCCUGUCCAAUACAGUAUUUCAUUUUUAACUGCACUCUCAAAUCUCCCUUCUUCUCGAGAUUGCCAAAUGCCAAUGCUUUGACUUCUCUCGCUUCAUCUACACACAAACGCGCGCGAUCCACAUCCUCGCUCCGGUCUCCCAAGCCGUAUACACGAAAUGGCGUCGGAAGCUGCAGAAUCAAACCACAACUCAUCUGCCGCAGACGAGCAGCACGAGGAAUCGUCGCCUCGCGAACCAUCGCCGCCGCCUUCUCCCCGUCUUCCGGCUCAUGAAACAGAGAAGCCAACUUAUGUCAAGUUUCUUCUGUCAAACCCUGAAGCUGGUUCUAUUAUUGGAAAAGGUGGCACUACAAUUAAUGAUUUCCAAUCACGCUCAGGGGCUAGAAUUCAGUUAUCGCGCAAUCAUGAAUUUUUCCCUGGUACCUCUGAUCGGAUUGUCAUGAUAUCUGGAAUGGUUGAUGAGAUACUCAAGGCACUUGACCUUAUUCUUUCUAAAUUACUCGAUGAGUAUAUUGUUGAUGAUGGCAGUGAAGCUGAACCACGUUCAAAAUUCAGAGUGGUUGUGCCCAAUGGUUCUUGUGGUGGAAUAAUAGGGAAAGGAGGAUCCAUCAUUAAGACAUUCAUUGAAGACUCUGGAGCUGGCAUAAAGAUUUCUCCUCAAGACAACAGUUUGCCUGGGUUCCAUGAUAGGUUAGUGACUGUUACCGGCACUCUAAAUGAACAACUCAGAGCUACUGAAUUGAUUCUACAUAAGUUGGCGGAAGACACUUCAUAUAUGCAGGCCAUGGAUGCCCCCUUUUCAUAUUCAGCAGUUUAUAUGGGAAUGAACUAUGUGCCAAAUGGAGUUGGAGGGAGAUUUCAGAAUAAUAGAUAUCAUCAAAGCAAGAACUUUGGCCAGUUGCAGGAGGAUAUGAGCGACUCUGUGACUAUCGGUGUUGCAGAUGAGCAUAUCGGAUUGGUGCUGGGACGGAAUGGAAGGAACGUUAUGGAGAUAAGUCAGCUUAGUGGAGCGAGAAUAAAGGUCUCCGACAGGGGCGAUUUCAUAUCUGGGACUUCUGAUAGGAAGGUGACUAUCACCGGGUCCCAAAGAGCAAUUCGUACAGCCGAGUCUAUGAUCUCUCGGAAAAUAGCUUCCGUCAUUCAGAGGUAAUGGAAGCUUUCAAUUCAUACCAUAGCUCCUUCCUAAUGGUCACUUUUGUUACUUGAGGCGAGCCGUAAACAGCUCUGAUCUGAAGCAAGGAGAGCCGGGGGGUUUUUUUUUUUGUUGUUGGAAAGAAAAGCAUUAUGUUAUUUCUGGGAAUUCUUUUAGGAACAAAGCUUUCAGGCAUAUGUCUAAUUUAAUCGACAAGAUAUUGAUAGUGGGUGAGUGGUACAUCUGAUAGUAGCUACUGAGAUUACUUCCAGAUUAUAAACAAAUAAUAACAAUUAUCUUUU